GCACACCCGCCGGUACCUGCUCGCCUACACCACCUCCGAAUCAGCGGAAGCAACAUCACACCAAUAAGCCCGGCCAGGAGUUGUUUAUCCAAUCAGCCAUGAAGAAUGGUCGCCGCAGACGCAAUAAAUCAGCUCGCAACGAAGCCGCCACUGCUACGGGGAGCAGCGACAUGAUCAGCAAGCUGCCCGAUGACCUCUUGCUCAACAUACUGGAGAGGGUGGACACCCUCGACGCGAUAAGGACAUGCAUCCUAUCCAAGCGAAUGCUCAAGCUCCCGGCCAUGUUCUCGCGAUUCGACAUAGAUAUUGCUUCCAUUGCACGACACACUGAUGAAUCUUGUGGUUUCACCCUUCGGGAUGUGGUCCGCAUCAAUGGCGCCGUGGCUGAUGUCACUGAAAACAUCAUGUUUGGGAGAAGCAGGGAUAUCACCAUCCGCAAGCUGCGCGUGAGGUUCAUCCUCAGGCGCUAUGACUGUCUCUCCAUCGGCACAUCUGUUGGCCGUGCAAUGGCAACCAACAAGGUUGAGGCAGCAGAGUUUGAGAUCCUUACGGAGAAGGUUCACGAGGGUUGCACGCCGGCUGAUCUGCUCAACUUUGCGACACAGUUCAAUACUUUUCUUGGUGCUUCUCCAGAUGCAUUCGCUGGCCUUACCUGCCUGCGGCUGAGGAAUAUGAGGUUUGGUGAAUCUGGCAUUCCCAACAUCCUCAGCACUUGCAAGUGCUUGAAGUCUUUGCACUUAACCUACUGUGACUCUGGGAUAAAUUAUGUGCUACAAGUUGAACAUGAUCAACUCGUUGAGUUUUUUAUCGACUAUGGACAUUUUCAAAAAGUGGAGCUCGUCUGUCUACCGAAACUCGAACGGGCGAGCUAUAAUAAUUGGGUCUCUUGUGAGGAUCCUCUGUCUUUUGGCUUCGUCCCACGGCUUUCAAAGCUAAGCCUCACGAAAGCUGGGACUCGUUCACACAAGACCCUAGAGUUAAGUCAGCUCCUUGCUGAUGUUCCCUCCAUAACCGAAAUGCAUCUGGAUUUUGAAAGUGAAAAGAUUUGGGUUCUACCAGAAUGCCCAACAUUGCUUGCUCCUGUGCUCGGCAAACUACAGUUUGUGAAUCUGGACAAUCUUCCUGAAGGCUGUGAUAUUGAUUGGACAAUGUUUAUCCUUGAAGCUGCACCAUCAGUAAAAGAGCUAUGCAUCUCAGUACGGGAUCAUUGGUGCACCAUUGUGACAGACAAGAAGCUUCGACAGGAAUAUGGCUACCUCGACAAAGCUAACGUGGCGUGGAAGCCAUCUGCUUCUAACUUCAAGCACAAGAACCUGGCUAAGCUUACCAUUUACGGCUUCCAACUUGACGACAAUUUCGUGCGAUACAUCAGUUGCAGCCUAGAGUUUGGGGAUGGCCUGGUCUCAUGUGGUUCAUUCCUAGUCCUAAGUGAAUUAGGACAUGCAAUGUGGUCUUGUGUGGUUCACUUCUGUUCCUAGUUGAAUUACGACA